AUGGCGGCGCAGACGUCGGGUCGCGUCGACCUCGCGCCGCGCCGCGGACGCGCGCGAAGGGGCGCCUCGAACCCCGCGGCGCCGCGCGGAGCGACGCCGCGACGACGACGCCGCGUCGUCGCGCCCGCGUCCUCCUCGCCCUCCGACGACGGCACCUCCGGAUCCUCCGGAUCCUCCUCCUCUCCCUCGACGUCCGCGCCGCAAACCUUCGUCGCCGUCGACCCCGCCGCGCCGCACGCCGACCCCGCCGCGCGCGUGUGGUACGUCCCGAACUUCCUCGCGGACGACGCCCGCGACGCGGUCGCGGCCGCGUGCGUAAAGCUGCGAUCGAAACUCCGCGUCGACCACUCCGUCGCGGUGGGGCGGCUCUCCGCGGCGGCGCCGGUGACGUCCGCGGCGUACGCCGCCUUCGCGUCCGCGCCCGCGCUGUCCAAACUCCGACAGCUGACGUCGUGCGAGAGCCUCGCGCUUGGGGACUACCCGGUGGAGGUGCGUCUGUACCGCGUCGGAUCCAGCAUGGGGUGGCAUACGGACGUGCGGCUGUACGACCCGCCGCAAUACGCCGAGGGCGCGAGGCACAGGGUCGUGAGCGGGAGCGAGGGGGAGCGGACGAUCGUGAAGGCGUUGUUCGUGGAGCGCGCCGGGUGCGCGAAGACGGAGGCGUUCGGGGAGGUCAUGGAGCAGGCGCCGUGGAGGCGGUGAG